CGCACAUGGUAAGGUUGUAUCUGGGUUCAGGCAUUUGGCCAGCCUUGGUCUUGAGUGAAACAGUCGUCUGCCUCGCCUGUCCUUGACGUCGUUCGUAGAUUUCAAAGCCUAUUGCAAGCAUUAUUUCAAGAAAAUUUUGGUUAAUUGACUAUUAGGGUAAAAGAUGUUUAGGGUUUUAACUGUUGAAUGUGCUUCAAAUAAUCAGUUUUGGAGCUAAUUUAUCAAGUUUUUACAUGCCAGACAUACUGUAGUGGGUUGUUUGUUGAUGUUCGAGAGCCCAUCCUCCCUUGAACGGGACUUACUCUUAUUAACCAACUCUUUGGUGUCACAGUGUUGAGACUGAUCACGUGACGUAGUAGGUAGCGCUAAUCAGUGUCUUUUGACCAACUUUCUCCGGUCAACUUAUAAACUAGGGGGUCACUCAAGCAGUAGAUUUUGCCUGCGAAUACUUCUAGUUAUUGUUUGCUGUCAGUUGUGAACUGGUGCUUUCUCUUGAUCCAGCAUUAGCUGACUUCCCAACAGAAGAAUAAGGAUCUACCGGCAAAGCUAACGUUAGGGGUUAGUGAGCUGUACCACGUUAGAAGGAUUAGGAUAAGUUGUGAGAGAACAAGUACAAUAACAACUAAUUCAUCAUGAAGCAACUCUUGGAAAGUCCCAUCUGGUGGCCCUGAAAACUGCACAUCCCGGACUCUUUUAAUAACUUUCUUCUGAGCGCUGCUAUUAUGGACAGUAAAGAAUCAUUGCAGAGGUACAUCCAUCCUGGCAACUUCACCAUGAAGCCCGUCUCAUUACCUAGUAACUUGCGUAUAUCUGAGCCCAGCGGUGGUGGUGCUGUUGCUGGUCACGCUUCACCACCAGCUUUGUCUCCCAACCUCCCCAGUAUUGUCAAAUUAGAACCCCGCCUCCCAAGUCCCUGUGUAGGUAGUCCCCUGGAUGGUGGUGGUGGGGGUUCAAUUUUCAACACAGCUAAACGAAUACGACAGGACGACGGCACCUGGCUUCCUUCCCCCUCUCAGAUGUCACUAGGAUCCUUGUCUCCCCCACCUUAUAUGAACGGCUCUUCUAUAAUGACGAGUAAUGGACUCUCCCCAGUAUCAAUUAGUAGUUAUGAUGGGAACAGUUUGUCAGGAAAGGAAGAAAUGAGCCCUCCCACCAGUGGACAUAAUGGAUGUUAUGUUGACAGCUAUGGAGAUAUCAAAAAGAAAACUAAAGGUCCUGUUCCCCGUCAACAGGAGGAACUCUGUUUGGUAUGUGGGGAUCGUGCUUCUGGAUAUCACUACAAUGCGCUCACUUGUGAAGGAUGUAAAGGUUUCUUCAGGCGCAGCAUUACGAGAAACGCGGUCUACCAGUGCAAGUAUGGCAAUAACUGUGAAAUUGAUAUGUACAUGAGACGGAAAUGUCAAGAGUGUAGACUAAAAAAGUGCUUAAAUGUUGGGAUGCGACCAGAGUGUGUAGUGCCUGAAUACCAGUGCGCCAUCAAACGGGAAUCAAAGAAAAUACAGAAAGAGAAGGAUAAGCCUAACAGCACAACGAGAGAGAAUACUUGCGAGAAAGAUGAAAAAACAAACCAAGUUAAACCAUUGGAACCCUCCCAGGAAGAAGUAAUCAAUAAGCUAGUCCUGUUUCAAGAAGAAUUUGAAUCCCCCUCAGAAGAAGAUCUGAAAAAGAUCUCUACAUUUCCCACAGGCGAUAGUGAAGAAGAUAACCUUCGAAGGUUCCAACACAUUACCGAAAUUACCAUCCUCACUGUCCAACUCAUUGUAGAGUUUUCCAAACGUGUUCCCGGGUUUGAUACCUUACUCCGAGAAGAUCAAAUCACUCUUCUGAAGGCAUGCUCUAGUGAAGUAAUGAUGUUGAGAACUGCUCGGAAGUAUGAUGGAAAAACAGACUCGAUCGUCUUCGCUAACAACCAACCUUACACGCGAGAGAACUACCGUAGUGCCAGUAUAGGAGAUUCCGCUGAUGCUCUCUUUAGCUUCUGUAGGAAGAUGUGUCUUUUAAAAGUUACCAAUGCUGAGUAUGCUCUACUUACAGCCAUUGUAAUUUUCUCAGAACGCCCUCAUAUGGUGGAAGUUAAAAAGGUAGAGAAAAUACAGGAAUUCUACAUUGAUGCCCUCCGAGCAUAUGUGGAUAAUUUCCGUCCACCUGGAAAGAACUAUUUUGCCAAGUUGUUGUCUGUUCUUACAGAACUUCGAACUCUGGGUAAUAUGAAUUCUGAGAUGUGUUUUUCACUUAAGGUUCAAAACAAGAAAUUGCCUCCAUUCUUGGCUGAGAUUUGGGAUGUUAUGGAGUAAAUCUUUGUCUCUUAGGCCUAAUUGAAAUCAUUCCGAGCAGGCUGAACUCCAGUUCUUUUUUUUGUUCUGCCUAAUCUGUUUCAUCAUUGCAGUAUGAGCAGUAGCCUUCAGCCCAUCUUCACUAAAUACAAGUCUGUAUGUGACAGAGCUUGCUAGACAGCUUCCACUUCUAGUGCUUUGCAUUAGAUUUUUUGCCAUGUCCGUGAGUUGAGCCACUGUCCUAUGCUGAUGAUACUGGUAUACACACACACACAAGGAUGGUAAGAAAAUUAGCUCUUGGCACAUGAAACAAAAAACUUAAUGUUUCUUAAUUCAAUGGUUGUGAUUUUGCUCUUGACAAACCCUGAACCCAACUUUAAUGGCAUUGCUGCUUCUCUUUUGGAUGAACUCCAGAUGUAAAAGGUAACGCACAAGAGUGAAAGUCAAAUGUGCAAACUUGUAGCAACCAAUCACCUAGAAUGGAGGAACUAAUUGUGUUUAACAGAUGAAAGUGACUGCAUGUUAAUUAGAAGGAAUUAUUACCAGUUAGCUAAGCAAGGCACUUGGCAAAUAAUAUUACUUGGAUUGGCUUCCAAAACUGUUAAUUGUAUUAUUGUCUUUAAUAGCCUGAUGGUGGUUAUCCUAAGGGUCAUCAUUUACAGCAGGGUUUAGCAACAUCGAAAUGUUAUAGUUCAUUUUUAUAAAGAUGUAUCCACAAAGAAACAUCCUAUCAUUGAACACUUUAAAUUUUUGACAUAAAAUGAUAGUGAUUAAUAAUUUUUAACAAACUGAGAUUUGAAUUUUUGGUGCUGGUUUUUGAAAAGUUGAAACAAUGACUUGCUGUGUCACACAACUGUGUAAACACAGAUCAUUAUUAUUAUUACUAUGACUGUUGACCUGGAAAUAAGUAUAUUGACAGAAACACAUUCUGAAAAUUAUUCAUAUUUUAGCAAUUGACUAAAACAUAAAUCCAGUUACCUGUAAAUAUAUAAUGCAUCAGGAAUACAUAAGUUUAUGUAGACUCUUUCUAGCUUUUGUUUAUGACAGGCAUUUAUAGAGUGAAAAAUAGUUGCUUUGUCUGUGUUGGAGUUGGCUUGCUUUUAAAUUUGGCAUGAUCUUUUUAUUGAUUCUGGUUAUGCAAUUGUAAUAUUUUGUUUAAAAGUUCAGACUAAGGAACUUUUUAGAAAGUUCUCUAAGGAAUGUAUCUGUAAAUAAACGGAUACUUUCUUAGUAAUUUUGCAUAAUCAGUGUCAUCAUAUAGUAUGUUUUUCUUUAAAAGUUGUAUUAUAAACUAAGAACAGGUGAUAGCAGCUAUUAGACAUGAUGCAGAAAUAUGUAUCAUGACACUGUAUAGUUGUAGGUCUUGUAAGAAUAGUAUCAACUGUGCUUGCUGUACUCAAGAGCAGUAAAAGAAUUAUCUUUUAAAGUUUAAGUUUUCAUGAUAAUAUCUCUCCUUUUCAACACAUAGCAUAAAGUUAACAAAAAAUGAUUUAAUCUGUCAAAAACCUGUGUAGGAAAGCCUCCUUUGAUCAGCUGGAGUUGGCAACAUAGAUUUGUUUGUAUAAAUAAAUAAUCAUAAUAAUAAUAUUAUCUUUGUAGAAAAUUAUUGUUCGAUUUCCAAAAUGUCAUAAAAAAACAUAAAAGGGUAUUCCAUAAUUACCAGUAUAGAAAAUGUACCUUCCAGAUAAACUUCUAAUUUAAAUUGAAAACUUGCAUCAUGAAGCUCAAAUUUAAAUAUCAGGCCUCAAAAAAAUGAUAAAUUAUCCUUAAGAAUGGUUUGUUAUUCAUAUUAUGAUUGAACUGAAAGCAUAAUUUAAUUUGUUUGUUCUAUAGUUCUGAAACAGAGACUAGUUUCAUUUGUGAUUUGACCAAUACCCACUGUUUUCCAGCCAGGAAUAAAAUUAAGUGUACAGUAUGUUAGAUGUACUUAGUUCUUUUAUCCAAGACAAAUCCAUAAAUGUGUAAUGUUAUUAAGAGAAAAGAUGGUAUAGGUUUUAAGAAAGUAUUUAUUUGUUCGAUCUGAAAAGAUUUUAUUGUGAUAAAUUGUUAAAAACAAAUGGGUACAAAAAUAAGCACUUUUGAUAACCUGCUUGGGACACAUAGUUUGUUCUGAUAUGUGGGUGAUGGUUAUGAAAUAUAUUGUAUAGUUAUUGUUAUCUUCAACUUCUAAGGUGCAUUUGAAGCUUAUACUGUUUAUAAAAUGAGAAGAUAUUCACAAGUUACUUUACUUCCCUCCUCCUCCUCUUCCACUGGGUAAAUCUUGUGGAUAGUAUGAAAAUGUAUUAUGCCAAGUUUUGUGCAAUGGCUUUCAACUGCUAAGGUUGUGUACUUAACUUAUAAGGAAAUAUUAUUGUUAUUGAUUUUUAUCUCAAAUAUGUAAUUAUUUAAAAAUUAUUGUAAUGAGAGAAAUUAAAUCAAAACUUAAGCUUCAAUCAAUUUUUGUCAAAUAAAAUUAAAAAUUUUUAAACAAAUCAUUGUAACAGGUAAAUAAAAUUUAACUAUAUAUCUUUACUUUAUGAUAAGAUUUAAAUGGUGCCUUGGACAUAUAAAUAAAUGGUGCAAGAAUCUCAUUUGGUGCUGCAUACCAGCAGUGAGUAAAGUCAUAUAAAUUUGAAGUAAAAACAAAAUGAAACAGUUUGUUUUUGACCUAGAAAAACAGUGAUAUUGUACUUUUAAAGGAGUGACUGAAUACUGGAUGUUUUAGGUCCGUCCAACUGAGUAAAGUAUAUAUGUUGAUAUAAGAAAAAUAUAUAAAGUAAUUUGUGUAUAUUUUUAAACGAAAAAAAAGAUUUUCACUGUUUAGCCAGAAAUUUUAACAUCAAAAAUAUGAAGAAAUGCAAAAAAGUUCCUAAUGUACUUGCUAGAAUGUUCAGGAGAAUAAAGUAUAGGUGAAUAAGAAUUUGUUUGCAUAAACUGUAGAAACAAAUGCAUAGGAAGAGGAGGGAAUUACAGUGUAGACAUGGGGCUUACGGGUGUCAAUGAAAAAAGUUUGUUUUAUAUAUUCUGCAUUGUAAAUUAUCAUUUAUUGUUGUUAAUUACUAAAUUUACCAUUUAAAUCAAAAUGUUAAAAUGUAUUACAUAAACAUAUUUAGCACUCUAUAAGUUAGCCAAGUUUUUGUGUAAUGUUGUAGUUAGUAGAUAUGUAGAGAUAUAAACAGUGGUACUAUAGUUUUGAAGAUGAAAAGAAAGAGGUUCUUCCCCAAAUAACCAUCUAAAAAGGAAAAGCUUGAUACUUGAUAAGUAAAAGAAACCUAGUUGUAGGAGCACGAAGAAAGUACACAAUUCCACAUGUGUGUGAGUUCUGGUUUGAUUUAAUGAUCUAAGACUGAAUGUCUCUUGGAUUGAAAUGUUCAGAUGUAAAGAAAUUGUAUCUUUGUGAUGUUCUAUAUUUUUAAAAUUAAAAUUCACAGAUUUACAACAGUG